AUGUCGGACACGGACUCUGCGUCGAUAUAUCCCCUACCGGAUCUUCCAGUCAGCCUACCCAGCAUCCCGAUUCCCGAAUUCAUAGAUGUAGAUGCUCUAUCUAACUACUUCAAUUCCUCCUUCGAGGUUCUGGGUGAAGCUCAUUUCCUCCGGGAUGCGGUAUGGCGCGACACAUUGGUCAUGACCGGCACCAUGCGGACAUUUUACUCCGCUCAAAGCAUAGCAGCUGCGUGGAAGGAUACAGCGGCAACACACAAGCCAACCAACUUCCAGGUUACAGGCAAACCCCGUGUUCACAGAGCGGGAGAUGCUCACUGGGUAAACAUCCAAUUCAAAUUUGAGACUCAGGGUUUACCGGCCAUAUACGCGGACGGACUUCUUUCAGUUGUUCCAGACAAGGAUGGUAUCUGGAAAAUCUGGGUUAUGCGCACGAUCAUCACGGAUCUCGUUGGCCAACCAAAGGUCGACAAGCUGGAACCAACAUAUAAUUUGAACGGAGAGAAGCUGUCAAACGGCACGAACGGUCACAGCGAGCAGCCAACUGACUACACCACAAACGGCACUACUUCAAGUGGCACCCUCACAAAUGGAGAGUCCAAACACGGUGUGGACUUUGAAGCGGUUGUCAUCGGCGGCGGCCAGGCAGGCUUAUCCGUUGGUGGCCGACUGAAAGCGCUAGGUGUAAAGUAUGUUGUCCUGGAUAAAUACGAGGAGGUGGGAGACAGCUGGGCAAAAAGAUACGAUUCUACUAGAUUGCACACGGUCCGCGAGUUUGCUCAUUUGCCAUUCGAAAGAACUUUCCCCGCGACUUAUCAAGAAUGGCUUGUCAAAGAUGACCUUGCGAAAGGGCACCGCGAAUGGGUCAAAAAGUUUGACAUUAAUAUCUGGCAGAGCACCACUGUUCUCUCGGGAACAUGGAUCGCAGAGAAAGCGAUCUGGGAGCUGAAGCUCCUACGCCAUGGCGAGGAGAAAACCAUUACUUGCUCCUACGUCACACUUGCAGUGGGCGCCAACUCUCGCUUCCCUAUUGCCCCGACAUACGAAAACCGAGAAGCAUUUAAGGGUCUUGUACUACACUCAUCCGAAUACACAAACUCCAAGGGAUGGGCUGGGAAGCACGGCAUAGUCGUGGGCAGUGGGAACACAGCCCACGAUGUGGCCGAUGACAUGGAACGUGCCGGGCUGGCUUCAGUGACAAUGGUCCAGAGAAACCCAACCUUUGUCAUACCCGUGGAUCUGUACAGAGAGACCCACGACCUCCUCUACAACGAAAGAAUCCCAACCGAGUUCGCCGACAUGAUGUUCUUCACAGGCCCAUCGGUUUUGACCCCCUUGUUGGCCGGAAAGAUGCUGCACGCUAAGAUUCGUGCUAAUCCUGAUCGAUUUGACGCCUUGGAAAAGGCUGGUUUCCUUCUGGAUCGUUACGCAGACAUGGGUAAGAUCAUCUUCGUGAAGCAGGGAGGCCACUAUAUGGAUGUCGGAACUUCAGGAAAGAUCGCUCAGGGCCUAAUUAAGAUGCAGACCGACUCGUUACCCGUCCGCUGGGUUGAGGACGGCCUCGUGUGCGCUGACGGCCACCAUUUGAAAGCGGAUGUCGUCCUCUUUGCGACUGGAUUCGUCGGCAAUAUGCGACUCCUCGUCGCCGAACUCCUGGGCACCGACACUGCUGCUCAGGUACAGGACUUCUGGGGCUUAGACGCAGAAGGUGAACUACGUGGCGCUUUUAAACCAUCCGGUCAUCCCGCUUUCUGGUACACCGGCGGAGCAAUCGGCCAAGCGAGAUACAUGUCCCGUCACAUCGCUCUGCAAAUCAAAGCCAAAGUCCUAGGCACUCCUCUCCCCAUGUACACCCAAACACCUCCCCGGAAUAACAGCCCGCAGUAUAAGAAACUACCACUGGUGUCAUGA